AUCCUAUCCUAUGUUGGUUGGCUUGGUUGAUGGGUCAUAAUAGUAAUUUAAUAGAAGAAUCCACGAAUGAGAGAAAUUGGGGCAAAACCCCCUUCAAUCGAAUUCGAAUGGUGGCGUUGUUGAAUGCUCUUAAACCCAAAUCCAAAUGUUCUUCACCAUUGUCGAAGAAUUUGAGCAUGAUCCUCUCACUCUUUCCCUGAUCAUGCUAAUUACCUCUCUGCGAUCCACUCGCACUCUCUUGAAAAUUUUCGCACCUUCUUCCACCGCCAUUAAAACCCUAAAACCUUCAAAACCCGCUCUUGAAGUCCUCAAAUCGGAUUUGGAACCUUCAAAACCCGCUCUUGAAGUCCUCAAAUCGGAGUGGGUACCUUCAAAACCCGCUCUUGAAGCCCUUAAAUCGGAGUGGGACCCACACAAACUCUUCCACAUCUUCAAAUCCAAUGCCACCAAUCCCAUCGUCGUUGAAAACCGUUUUGCCUUUUACGACACCGUUUCGCGUCUCGCCGGUGCUAAACGAUUUGAUUACAUUGAACAAUUACUCGAACAGCAGAAGAAGUUACCGCAAUCGCGCCGUGAAGGGUUUGUUGUAAGAAUUAUUACAUUGUAUGGUAAUGCUGGUAUGAUUCAACAUGCUUUGAAUACUUUUUAUCAAAUGGGUGAUUUUAGAUGUGUUAGAACUGUUAAAUCUUUCAAUGCUACGCUUAAUGUUUUGGCGAAAAGUCGAGAUUUUGAUGAAAUUUCAAGGUUUUUAAAUGAGGUUCCUAGAAGAUUUGAUAUUAGGUUAGAUGUUUAUUCGGUUAAUAUUGCUGUUAAGGCUUUUUGUGAAGCUGAAAAGCUGAAAGAGGCUUAUUUGUUUAUGUUGGAUUGUGUGAAUAAUAAGGGUGUUAAGCCUGAUGUUGUUACUUACACGACUCUUAUUUCGGCAUUUUAUGAUCAUAAGAGAUGGGAGAUUGGUAAUGGAUUAUGGAACCAGAUGGUUUUGAAGGGUGUUAUGCCGAAUCUUCAUACGUUUAAUGUUAGGAUUCAGUUUUUGGUAACGGUUAGGCGAGUUUGGGAUGCCAAUAAAUUGAUGGCUUUGAUGCAGAGAAAUGGGGUUACGCCUGACGAGGUUACCUUAGUUUUGGUUAUCAAGGGUUUUUUUCGGGCGGGUUAUCCUGAGAUGGCGAUGAGGGUUUAUUCCGCAUUGCACGAUAAGGGUUAUAAGAUUAGUGCUAAUAUUUAUCAGACCAUGAUUCAUAAUUUGUGUAAGAGAGGUGAUUUUAGUCAGGCAUACACUUUAUGCAAAGAUAGUAUGCGGAAAAAUUGGUUUCCGAAUGUAGAUACCAUCUUUAUGUUGCUGGAAGGACUAAAGAAAUCUGGGAAGAUUAAUAAAGCAAAGGUGAUUGUUGCGUUGGCUGAGGGCAGAAAACCUCCCUUCUCUUUCAGUUAUUUGGCUUCAAUGCAGUCCAUAUUGUCUGGGAACUAACGUUAGUGGAACAGGGAAAUUCGCUCAGUUUGGCAGCGCAGCGGUCCAAAUGGAUCUCAUAUUCUUUGUAUUCUAUUCAUUUGUACAUCUUGAAUAUUUAAGUAACAAGCCGGAAAAUUUGACGGCAUCUCAUUUAUACAAGCUGUCAAACACUAGUUAUUUCAACUCAGUUAGCUCAUUGUACCACCCUGAAUAAUAUUCCGACCAAGGUGGUAUUUCAGAAGGCAAAUACCCUAUAAACUCUUUGAAAAGGGAAAAAGUAUUCUUGACAUGAUCUGGAAAUUUCUGGAAGUAUUUUGAUUUGCAUUCCGGACUUUGUGUAGUGGAGAGUAGAUGUCUAAUGUCUUGAUGUACAAUGGGCACUCUUAUCCAGGUUCUGAUGCUGUCGGGAGAGCGUCUUUCAGCACUGUAUAGAAGUCGCACCGGCCUUCUGCUAUGAAAACUAUUCUGAACUGUGUAUGAGGGACAAAUGAACGGGAAGGGAGAGAGCAUUAUUGCAUUGGAAGGCAAAAUUGAGCUUAAAUUUUGUGAUUAUUCAUAGACAUGAAACGUUCGGUACACGACCAUGGUGACAUUGCUCCCGUUGAUUAUUUUCAGUCCUCAGCUAACAGCGUGGACAAUUUUUGACUGAACAACUACACAGAUAAAGAGCAUGUACAGAAAGAGUAAUGCUACACAGGUAGAAAAAUAUAAUCAGAAUGUUAACAGAAUACUGGUGAGGUUGCUGGGUGUAGUAGAGAGCGGUAAGGGACAUGCCUACCGGGUAAAGAUUCCGACAGUAUUUUUUCUUUCUAGCAUUUUUUUUUUUACGUAGAAGAUAUAUGAGAAGCUUCAUUCAUUUUUGAAGAAGCUUCAUUCUUAAUUCCUCUUUCUUUUUAAAUAAAUAUUAUCAUUCUUGAUUAAGAAAGAGGAGUAUGUAGAAGAUACAUGAAAAAAUAAGUUGAACAGUUAUUCUUAUUAAUACUAAGUUUUGAAAAUCAUCAAAGUUACUUAUCAUUUAAACUAUACUCUUCUCACCAUAUCUACUCCUUUUAGUUUAGUGAAGUCCUUUGAGUUUUUAGAAAGUUUCACAAGUGAAGCGGUUUUAUGUAUUGAAUACAAGCUUAUUUUUUACUCAUCCGAUGAUUAAUCUCUGUUUUGUUUACUCUGAACUCAUAUCAUAUGUAUAAUGAAAGUUGAACGGCUGUGCCACAUGUAACGUGUUUUUUUGUUAGCAAA